GCCUACAAAAGCUCCAUGGCUAAGAAGAGAAAAGCUGAAGAGCAGAUUUUGGAAGUUCCAGUCAAUAAAAGGAAAUCUCUGUUAAUGAAGCCUCGCCACUACAAUCCCAGUGUAGAAGGCAAAGGAGAGAAUGAGGGCAAGACACACCUGCAGGACAAUAAUAAUGUUCUCCAAACAGAAGACACCACGUUAACAUCAGCAAAAAGUAUCUCGUAUUUCAAUAUGCAAGAAAAUGAUCAUCAAAAGAAGGACAGUUUCACUAACUGCCAGGACAUAAUGACCAACACUUUAACUAACUUUGAAAAAAUAGCAAAAGAUGCACCAAAUUCCCUAGAGAAUGAUAAACUAAGUGAUAGUGAUAACCAACCCCUAAAAACAGAGGAUAAGAACAUUGCUAUAUGUUAUGGGAUUAAUUCUUCAGUUGGAAGGGACAGAAUUAGUGUUCCACACCCACAGUAUUGUUCCUCUGAAGAUAAUGAAAGUAGCUCUGAAAUUCUGGACAAUGAAUGGGAUAGUUCCUCAAAUUUUUCUGAAGAGAUAAAUAUAAAACUGCCCUUAAAUAAAACAUAUGUUGUAGGAUGUAAUCAGCAAGAGGUCCUAAAAACACCAGGAGUCAAAGCUGAAGACAGAGAUGUUGACAAUUCUGAAACUUUUUGUAGCUUGAGAUCAGAGCUGCAAGAAUCACAGAACUCACACGUUGACAUUUGCAGCAAUAGAAUUCAGAAUCCAUUUCCAGAUAGUGAAGAAGAUGAAUGUCUAUCAGAAAAUACAGAACAGUCAUUUGACUUGGACAAAACAAAACAGAACUUCAAUUUGCUGGAACAAGCAAUAGCUCUUCAGGCAGAGCAGGGUCAUGUCUUUCAUAGCACUUACAAAGAACUGGACAGGUUCCUACUGGAGCACCUUGCAAGUGAAAGAAGACAAGCCAAAAUAGUUGACCUUGGUGGUAGACCAGUCUAUAACCACAAGCAUGUGCCCAGGCCUGAAAAAAGAGAGACCAAGUGUCCCAUUCCAGGAUGUGAUGGAACAGGGCAUGUGACUGGAUUGUAUCCUCACCAUCGCAGUCUUUCGGGUUGUCCCCAUAAAGUCAGAGUGCCACUUGAAAUCCUUGCCAUGCAUGAAAAUGUUUUAAAGUGCCCCACUCCUGGAUGUACAGGAAGAGGACAUGUCAAUAGCAACCGCAACACUCACAGAAGUCUUUCUGGAUGUCCAAUUGCUGCAGCUGAAAAAAUGGCAAUGUCUCAGGAAAAAAAUCAACAUGAAUCACUCAAAACAGGGCAGUGCCACGAUCAGGUCCACAGGACAAACUUGGUGAAACAUUUUGAGUUAUCUCAGUACAGCUGCCGAUCUGCCCAAGCAACCCCUUCCUCCAGAACCACUUUCACAAGAGAGCAAGAGAAAUGUGGGAAAGUACCUUUUGACUAUGCUAGCUUUGAUGCCCAAGUCUUUGGCAAAUGCACAGUGGUGCCAACUAUGCAAGGACAAAAACCCACACAAUCCUUUGAAUCAAAGCAUUUUUCAAAUCCAGGGAAAUUUUCUAAUCGGCAGCCUAGUGCUAGCGCCCACACACAGAGUCCUUGCCAUGCCAGCUCUUAUCGCUACGGUCAAUGUAGUGAAGACACCCACAUAGCAGCAGCUGCUGCAAUUCUGAACCUUUCCACCCACUGCAGGGAAGCAACAGAGAUCCUCUCCAGCAAACCACAGAGUCUGUCUGCCAAGGGAACUGAAAUAGAAGUAGAUGAAAAUGGCACUUUGGAUUUGAGCAUGAAAAAGAACCGAAGUCAAGAAAAGAUGACUUCUCUAAGUUGCUCCAGUGCAAGUGUUCCCACUCCUUCCUCCUCUCCCUUCAAAACAGGCAGCAUUCUGCUCAAUGCCACUUUCUACCAAGCUUUGAAUGAAAAGCAAGGUUGGGAUACACCAAUCAAUUAUAGCAAGAGCCAGGGCAAAAAAGAGGAGGAGAAAGAGAAAGAUCCUGCAAUCUGUCCUGAAGGCCUGGAGGAAAAAAAAUCCUCAGAUGUCUCAGAACCUAGUCCAAAACCCAAGCUCCACUCAAGAGAUCUCAAAAAGGAACUGAUCACGUGUCCAACUCCAGGAUGUGAUGGCAGUGGUCAUGUGACAGGAAACUAUGCAUCUCACCGCAGUGUUUCUGGAUGUCCCUUGGCUGACAAGACGUUAAAAUCCUUAAUGGCUGCCAAUUCUCAAGAGCUUAAGUGUCCCACUCCUGGAUGUGAUGGUUCUGGUCACGUGACAGGGAAUUAUGCCUCUCACAGAAGUUUAUCUGGCUGUCCUCGGGCCAGGAAAGGUGGUCUGAAAGUGACUCCUACAAAGGAAGAAAAAGAAGAUCCUGAACUUAAAUGUCCAGUGCUAGGCUGUGAUGGCCAAGGUCACGUAUCAGGUAAAUACACUUCCCAUCGCACAGCUUCAGGUUGUCCCGUGGCUGCCAAGAGACAGAAGGAAAGUCCUCUGAAUGGAUCUUCGCUGCCCUGGAAGUUGAACAAGCAAGAGCUGCCACAUUGCCCUUUGCCGGGCUGCAACGGGCUGGGUCACGUUAAUAAUGUUUUUGUCACCCACAGAAGUUUGUCUGGAUGUCCUCUGAAUGCACAAGCCUUAAAAAAAGGCAAAAUAUCUGAAGAAGUAAUGACUGUUAAAUUGAAAGCAAAUGGAGGUUUAGAGAAUGAAGAGGAAAUCAGACAUUUGGAUGAAGAAAUUAAAGAACUAAAUGAAUCCAACCUUAAAAUUGAAGCUGAUAUGAUGAAACUUCAGACACAGAUCACAUCAAUGGAGAGCAAUCUGAAAACCAUAGAAGAAGAGAAUAAACUGAUAGAGCAGAAUAACGAGAGCCUAUUAAAGGAGCUGGCUGGCCUAAGCCAAGCCCUCAUCUCCAGUCUUGCCGACAUUCAACUUCCACAAAUGGGCCCAAUCAGUGAGCAGAAUUUUGAAGCAUACGUGAAUACACUCACAGAUAUGUACAGCAACCUGGAAAGGGACUAUUCCCCAGAUUGCAAGGCUCUGCUGGAAAGUAUCAAGCAAGCAGUGAAGGGUAUUCAUGUGUAG